AUGGAGUCCCAGUCAACACCUCGUAUCACCGCGCCCUACCUGGACUCGUAUCAGGGCCGCAAUGUCAUAGUCGUCGGCCGGGUCGUCCAGCUUCGAGGAGAGGCCGCAGUCAUCGACUCGGACGGUAACAUCACUGCCCACUUGAAUCGUGAAGCCCACCUGUCCAAUGGAAACGCGGUACAGAUCAUCGGCAAGGUCAAUCCAGACCUGUCCGUCCGGGUGCUAAGCUCACUAGACCUUGGGACUGGCGUUGACUUCAGCGUCUACCAGAACGUCGUGGAUGUCUCCCAGAAGCACCCGCAGCUCUUCGGCGGCGCCACCACCCACUGA